UCCUCGACUGAGUGUUACGGCUUCUUGAAUCUGUAUAGGGCACAGGCGUGGAUCGGACCGGAGCUUGAUCGCGGCUCAUGGAAUACCAGUUCGUCCUUCUCCAUGUCUUAGGACCCCGACUUCGACCUUCGCUCCCCUCUUGCUGCUGGUCGUUCCGGUACUUCUGGUGACAGACAUAGCCUUGGACGCUUGCGUCCCCAGUCCGGCUGUCUGUCCGUCUACGACAACGCCAACUCGGGUCGCGCUACUGCGAAAAUGCGGUUACCCUACCUCUCUUUCGCCGUGAUUCCUACUCGCUUCUUGCUCCUGUCAUCGGUGCCUUCACUUGUCCGUGCAGGUACAACGGCAACUUCAUCACCAGAACCAGUAUGGGUUCAACCGUCCGGGGAAUGGUAUGGUAUCGACGGCACCUGGUCAAACUUCAUGUUCGCCGUGGGUUCUCCCGCUCAGAUCGUUUACCUCACACCUGCCACUGCCCUGUCCGAGACGUGGGUUAUUGGGGCCGGCGGUUGCACAUCAGGCCCAGGUAACCUACCAUGCGUGGACGCUCGUGGCGGCGUCUUUGACUACCACAUCUCGGAGACAUGGCAAACCUUGGGAGCAGGUGCUUACGAGCUGGGUAUGAACCACACCGGAGUUCAAAGAAAUGGCGACUAUGGCUUGGAUACGGUUGCCUUCGUCGACACAAUGGCCAGCUCCGCCACCUCCGUUGACGGUGUACUGAUUGCUGCUGUCAAUGCUACCGAAUACUAUCAAGGUUAUAUCGGACUUGGCGUGACUCAAGGCAGUAUAGGCUCGAACGUUACCAAACCUCUCAUUCCCCAACUCGUCGAAGUGAAUGGCAUGAUUCCUAGUCACAGCUACGGAUAUACGGCAGGGGCGUACUACCGUGACACUACUACAAAGGGUACACAUGCCUCGUUGACUUUUGGGGGUUAUGAUACACUGAGAUUUGUGCCACAUGAUACAACGUUCAGGCUCUACAUAGGAAACUCAACCGCAGAUUCUAAUGACCGAGCGCCCACGGUACGACUUCGCGGCCUUACUGCUCAAGUCCCGUCGUUGGACAAGGCACCUGGGAAUUGGACAUCGACAUCUCAGACUCUCGUCGCCAUGAAUGAUUCUAUUACCGCAAUGAUUGACUCGUCAACGCCGUUUCUAUGGCUUCCAACCGACAUUUGCGAACGUAUUGCUUCUAUUCUCGACCUGGUUUGGAGGGCGGACCUUGGUGUUUAUGUCUUUGCGAACGGAGGAGAACAAUAUCUGAGAUACAAGCGCAUGAAAUCCAUCGAUGAACUAUCGUUCACGUUUACCGUCUCCAGCUACGACAACAGCGACAACUUCGGUUACCCCCUCAACAUGCCGGGAGUGGUCAACAUCACCAUCCCUCCUGCAGCAUUUGCACAGGUCCUGCGUUAUCCUUGGAAGAAUAUCAUCAAGUUCAAUGAAUCGAGCAUACCGUAUUUUCCUUUGACGCGAUCAACAAACGAAACAAACAAUAAUCAGUAUAUCAUCGGCCGAGUAUUCAUGCAGGAAGCAUAUAUCAUCACAAAGUACGACAAGGCCGCAUUUUCUAUCCAUCAAGCGCUGUUUCCUGACAACUCCGCCACCAAUCACUCCUUACAGGCUAUCGAAAGGCCUCCGAAUAGUCCUUAUCCUGAGGGCCCCCCGGUGAAGAAGGUGGCCAAGAAGCCGUUGGGUGUGGGACAAACGGUGGCGAUCGUGGUUAGUGCUUUUGCGGCAGGCAGUGUGAUUGGACUGAUAUCGUUCUUGUGUUGCCGGCGAGGAUCGAAGGUGAAGAAAAACCAGGCCCGUAAACUGGAACACAACUCAGAGGAGGUUACCCCCAUACACAAUGAACCAACGCAGAACCCGGUCAGCCGAAUGCUGUCGAUGUUUGUUGGAAGGAGGAGGUCAAGGAAACAAUCAUCGCAAAAAUCGCAGGCGAUUAUGACCGAACCCGUCGAAGUCAGUGCGGACGCUCAUCAUCAGGUAUUCGAACUACCAGUUCCACCUGAGCCGAUCGAGUUGGACAAUAAUGACAUUGGAAACAACGACCCAAACAUGGGGCUGGAUGGUCCUCGGGUGACGAGCGACUAUGAGGCGGCGCGGCAAAAGCUCGAACGCCAACUUCAGGGACCGGUACCAACCUACACACGGACAACAGAGCACAACGAGCGUGCUGCUGGAUAUCCCCUUGAGAAGUCAGCACAGGAUGUAACCCCCGUUCAUAACCGUCCCAGCGAAGAAACAUCAUCCGGAUCAUCGCCCACGUACGCCAACACCGACUCCCUUCCCAACUCGCUGCCAUCACCCCUGUCACCAUACGCAGACUGGGCGGCCGGUAGAGUAUUCGAUCUGCCAUCACCAAUAACCGUAGCCUCUCCCGUGCGGCUACGUUAUUUUCCAACGACGACAGGUUCUGACGCUCCGGCCCCCGCACACUCACCAGUCUCGUUGCACUCCCCUUAUUCGCCUCACACAUACCUUCCAUCACCCGUGAGCCCUUCAUCCGACUUUAACGGCGGUCCAGAAUCCCCUACAUCGCCAACCGGUAGACCGGCCCCACUGCCCGGAAGCGCAGCAAUCCAGCGCACACCCAUCGAUCCCAUCCAUACCCAAAUAGUUUGUCUCGGACCAAUGCCGGAAAACGUGCGACUUCCUAUUCCACAUCAUCUGCAUCAUCACCCGACAGUAACCCGCAUUAUCACGCUCGACGGUCGACUACAUCCAGUGGAACAAAACGACCAACUUGCAGGAGAUGUCGAUGUCGAUGUCGAUGGUCUUCGGAGACGUUCAGAUUCGGUAACCCGCGGUUCUAAUGAGACCUUGGGUUCCAACUUUACCAUGGAGGAAGAAAGCCGGUUGAUGCAGGUGCAGAUGGCUGCGCAGCGAAAUUCGGUAACCCGCGGUUCUAAUGAGACCUUGGGUUCCAACUUUACCAUGGAGGAAGAAAGCCGCCUCAUCGACAACUUUCCCCGCAGUCCCCGAAGCAUGGAACGUAUCGAAGCCGGCUCUGAGUUAGUUCAUGUCCCGCAGGUUGCUGCGCAGCGAUAUAGUUGGGAGGCGGAGACUUGAUGGCCUUUUACAUCAGCUACGAUCUCCACCCACGAAACUAGCAUGUUUGUAAACGAAAUUACAUACAUGCACCAUACUCGCUCCCACUAACCAACAUCUUCAACGGAUUCGUAC